AGCACAGAAAGCCCUGCUCUAACGAUCUUAGACUAUGUCUGAUAUUCAAGAUCAUUUGAACGUUCUCAUUGUUUGCGCUCUAGAGUCGGAACUGCAGGCGGCAGUAGCAGUUUUGGAAAGCGGAACGAACAGCAAGUUUGAGAACAAAUACAUGCAUCCCACCGAUCUCAGCGGGCUCAACGUCAGAGUUUGUGAAGGAUGGAAUUCUAGUGAUAUGAAGGUGGGCGUUGUCGCGCAAACAGACCUAGGAGGGACCGAAAGUCAAAUAUUGCUUGGCAAUCUCGCUAAGUUCUUCACAGCUACAAUAGUGGCAAUGACGGGAACGUGUGCUGCAGAAGAAAACACACAUGGCCACGUGGAGCACGGUUGUGUGUUUGUCGCCAAUCGAGCGACAGUAGAGAUGGGAGGUACUGUCGAGGAAGGAGGGGACCUCCAGGCUAGAGCAAAAUACUGUGAGCUCGACAAAGGCAUUCUUGCAGCAGUCAAUGAAUUGGUUCACUUGGAUUCUCAUAUCUGGUUGAAGUAUGUUCCGGAGAAUGCCAUUCGUCCCAGCCCUCGUUAUCUUCAACAACUCAUCCUAGACCUUGUGAUCAACAGUGGGAUGAACGGUAUUAGCAAAAGAGACCUACUGGACAAGAUGGUUGACAAGAAAUUAUCUGGAAUGUAUACAAUGAGAGACGAUACGACUCGUCUCACUUAUGACGAAAUUCUGAGCACAAUGUUACAAUCGCCAUCAGCUUGGAUUUCUUCAUCGCCAACAGCAGAAUGCAGAUAUUUUUUAACUGAUCUAGGAGAAAAAUACGCAGCAAAUGAAGCUAUAUUUCCGCGUCGGGAUAAUGUUGUAGCUACUGUUGAUUCCAUGCUUUCCGUGCCACACAAGGAUAUGAACCUGAAGGCGAAAUUGAGUACUUACAAAAAGCGGGUUGGCGACAUAAAUGUGAAAGCAGUAGACAUGGAAGCUUACUACUUUAUGAAACAUGCCAUUGACAGUUUCAAAAGAAGCGAAGUACCAGGCAAAGUAGUUGUCAUGAAAGGCAUUUCUGACUAUGGCUCUAAUGCAAGCAGAGGAGACUAUUUUCAUGUGUUUGCUGCUAGCACGUCUGCGGCCUUUCUAAGGCACUUGAUGACAGUUAAAAAACAUCUCUUCGUUCAUGAAGAAUGUCAAACGACUGAAACGCAAAUAGGACAACCAAGACGAGGUUAGCCAACGUUUUGAUGUAGAGUAGCAGACCUCUCAACUCUCAUGAUUUCGUCGUGAUACUUACGAUUUACAUGCAUGUCUCACGAUCUCAC